AUGGCGGACGCGGCGUGCUGUGACAUGAUCUGCUGGUCCCUGCCUUCGUGGAAAAACGACAAGCCGCUGCCCAAGGACGACUACGCGCAGGAGGCGCAGCAGCGCCAGCUCGAGCGCAAUGCGAACCAGAGGCUGUACGACGAAGAGGCCAACAUCAACUCGUCGCAGGCUUACCCCCCGGCCCAGACCAUGGCCGUGCCUGCGUCGGACGCCAAAACACCGGCGGUCGCUCCGCCCACAUACUAG